AUGGCCACCAACGGCACUGCCACCCCGGACCAUGAGGAUGGACACCAUCACGACCAGCAUUCCAUCCACCACCGUCUGAGGGCCAAUUCCACCAUCAUGGACCUCAAGAAGCUUCUCGUGGCCAACCGUGGCGAAAUUCCCAUCCGCAUCUUCCGAACGGCCCACGAACUGUCCCUCCAGACUGUGGCCGUGUACAGCCACGAGGAUCGGUUGGGCAUGCACAGACAAAAGGCGGACGAAGCAUACAUGAUUGGGAAACGUGGGCAGUACACUCCGGUCGGCGCCUACCUGGCGGGCGACGAGAUCAUCAAGAUCGCCUUGGCCCAUGACGUCCAGAUGAUCCAUCCUGGCUAUGGUUUCUUGUCCGAGAACGCCGAAUUUGCCCGCAAAGUCGAGGAAGCCGGCAUCAUCUUUGUCGGCCCCACAUACCAGGUCAUCGAGUCGCUCGGUGACAAGGUCUCGGCCAGGACACUCGCCAUGAAAAGCAACGUCCCCGUCGUCCCCGGGACCCCAGGUCCGGUCGCCGCCUAUGAGGAAGUCAAGGCCUUCACGGAUGAGUUCGGCUUUCCUAUCAUCAUCAAAGCCGCCUUUGGCGGUGGCGGCCGUGGUAUGAGAGUCGUCCGAGACCAGGAGAGUUUGAAAGACGCCUUUGAGCGCGCCACCUCCGAGGCCAAGUCCGCGUUCGGAAACGGCACCGUCUUCGUGGAACGCUUCCUUGACAAGCCCAAGCACAUUGAAGUGCAAUUGUUGGGCGACAAUCACGGCAACGUGGUCCAUUUGUAUGAGCGAGACUGCAGUGUCCAGCGCCGGCAUCAGAAAGUCGUGGAAAUCGCUCCCGCCAAAGACCUACCCGCCGAAGUCAGGGAUGCCAUCCUCAAUGACGCCGUCAAACUGGCCAAGUCGGUCAACUACCGCAACGCCGGAACGGCCGAGUUCUUGGUUGACCAGCAGAACCGAUAUUACUUCAUUGAGAUCAAUCCCCGCAUCCAGGUGGAACACACCAUCACGGAAGAAAUCACCGGCAUCGACAUUGUGGCCGCUCAGAUCCAAAUUGCUGCCGGUGCCACUCUCGAGCAAUUAGGCCUCACUCAGGACCGCAUCUCCACCAGAGGCUUUGCCAUUCAGUGCCGUAUUACCACCGAGGAUCCCGCCAGCAACUUUUCCCCCGACACGGGCAAAAUUGAAGUAUAUCGAUCCGCUGGCGGUAAUGGCGUCCGACUCGACGGUGGCAACGGCUUCGCGGGUGCUAUCAUCACCCCUCACUACGAUUCCAUGUUGGUCAAGUGUACCUGCCAUGGCUCCACCUACGAGAUCGCCCGUCGUAAGAUGCUGCGAGCGCUGGUGGAAUUCCGCAUCCGGGGUGUCAAGACCAACAUCCCGUUCUUGGCAUCGCUGCUGACCCACCCUGUUUUCAUCGAGGGGACUUGCUGGACCACCUUCAUUGAUGACACGCCGGAGCUAUUCAAGUUGGUCGGCAGUCAGAACCGGGCUCAGAAACUGCUCCAGUACCUGGGCGACCUGGCCGUCAAUGGCAGUAGCAUCAAAGGUCAAAUCGGCGAGUCCAAGUUCAAGGGCGAGAUCAUCAUGCCCAAGAUACUGGACGAUCAGGGCAAGGAGAUUGAUGUCACCGUCCCUUGCACCAAAGGCUGGAAGUCGGUCCUCGACCAGCAGGGCCCAGAGGGGUUUGCCAAAGCCAUCCGUGCGAACCAAGGCUGUCUUAUCAUGGACACUACCUGGCGUGAUGCCCAUCAGUCCCUCUUGGCCACGCGUGUCCGAACGGUGGACCUGUGCAACAUUGCCCGCGAAACCAGCUACGCCCUCAGCAAUGCCUACUCCUUGGAAUGCUGGGGUGGUGCCACCUUUGAUGUCGCCAUGCGGUUUCUGUAUGAGGAUCCUUGGGAUAGACUGCGGAAGCUGAGGAAACUAGUGCCCAACAUUCCCUUCCAGAUGUUGCUCCGAGGUGCCAACGGCGUGGCAUACAAGUCACUGCCCGACAAUGCCAUCUAUCAUUUCUGCAAGCAAGCCAAGAAGAAUGGCAUGGACAUUUUCCGAGUCUUUGACGCUCUCAACGACAUUGAUCAGCUGGAGGUCGGCAUGAGGGCUGUCCAAGAAGCCGGAGGCGUGGUCGAAGCCACUGUCUGCUAUUCUGGUGACUUUUUGAACCCUGGCAAGAAGUACAACUUGGAGUACUACUUGGACCUCGUGGACAAGAUUGUCAAGAUCGGCACCCACAUUCUUGGAAUCAAGGAUAUGGCCGGUGUGCUCAAACCCAAGGCAGCCCGUCUCCUGGUCGGGACCAUCCGAAAGAAGUACCCUGACCUGCCGAUUCACGUGCAUACCCAUGACUCUGCCGGAACCGGUGUGGCUUCCAUGGUCGCAUGUGCCGAAGCUGGCGCCGACGCCGUGGAUGCGGCCUCUGACAGCCUGUCUGGUAUGACCUCUCAACCCAGCAUUGGUGCCAUCCUGGCCUCUCUCGAAGGCACACCCUACGAUCCAGGCUUGAAUGGCCACAAUGUGCGAGCACUCGACCAGUACUGGUCACAACUGAGACUGCUCUAUUCACCAUUUGAAGCCGGUCUGACCGGCCCUGAUCCCGAGGUGUACGAACAUGAGAUACCAGGAGGACAGUUGACCAAUCUGAUCUUCCAAGCAUCUCAACUGGGUCUCGGAGCUCAAUGGCUUGAGACCAAGAAGGCAUACGAACAAGCCAAUGCUUUGUUGGGUGACAUUGUCAAGGUGACGCCCACUUCCAAGGUAGUGGGUGAUCUGGCGCAGUUCAUGGUGUCGAACAAGCUGAGCUAUGACGACGUCAUUGCCAAAGCCAAAGAUCUGGACUUCCCCGAGUCAGUGUUGGAAUUCUUCGAAGGCUACAUGGGCCAGCCGUAUGGUGGGUUCCCUGAGCCACUUCGCACUGAUGCCUUGCGAGGUCGGCGCAAGAUGGACAAACGACCCGGCCUUUACUUGGAUCCCAUCGACUUCGCCAAGAUCAGGAAGGAAUUGAAGGAGAAAUACAACACGGUCUCUGAGACGGAUGUCGCCAGCUACGUCAUGUACCCCAAGGUGUUCGAGGAUUACCGCAAGUUCGUGGAUAAGUAUGGUGACUUGUCAGUGUUGUCGACCAAGUACUUCUUGAACAAGCCCGACAUUGGGGAGGAAUUCUAUGUGGAACUAGAAAAGGGCAAGGUACUCAUCUUGAAGCUGCUGGCCAUCGGUCCGCUGUCGGAAACCACAGGCCAACGCGAAGUGUUUUAUGAGAUGAACGGCGAGGUCCGACAGGUAACCAUCGACGACACCAAGGCAGCAGUUGAGAACACUAGCCGACCCAAGGCGGAUCCUACCGACAGCAGCCAAGUAGGUGCACCGAUGGCAGGAGUGGUUGUUGAGGUCCGGGUCAAGGAAGGUCAUGAGGUCAAGAAGGGUGAUCCGAUUGCCGUGUUGAGUGCCAUGAAGAUGGAAAUGGUCAUCAGUGCACCUCAUUCGGGCAAGGUUGGACAUAUUCAGGUCAGGGAAGGGGAUUCUGUUGCUGGAUUGGACCUUGUCUGCCGGAUUGAGAAGGCAUAA